AUGCAGGCAAGCCAACUGCAACAUCUUUCUGGACUAGUUGGUUACGCGGUAUCUGUGGAUUUGCUUUAUCAUGUGGAGCAGAUGGAUUUAUUGUGCUUGAAAAUAUUGAUCGGCAACGCGUGGGCGCGCCCUACGAAAUUCCGUCUCUUUAGGCACUUAACUAGGUUCCGUCAAUGGACAGAGGCAGAUAUGCUUGGUGAGCGUUAUUUUCAACAGUUCGGUACGACACGUAAACGCACUCGAGGCUUAUCCUAUUGCUUGCAGUGUCUAUAG